AUGUCGAAGUUUCCGAAACCUCGAAGAAUUCUCGAAUUCUGUUUGGCUAUUUUCGUAUUUUUUUGUUUGGGCAGAUAUUUCACAAAAAAAUCCGAGCUUCCGAAAGAUUUCUGGCUGCAAGUGCAAAAUGCAAAUUUUGCAAAUGGUUCGAGUAGAGUUUUGUGAGUUUGCAAAUGAGUUGCGAUUUUUUUUGAAAGUUAACUAAUUUUCAGAGACAAGUUUUGCGAUUCGGAGUGUGUUUAUGUUGUUGAUGUAUUCAUUAAUGGACCAGAAAAACAUGUUAUGCGAGCAGUUACGAAAGAAGAAGAAUAUAUUGGAUCAUUUGUAGCUUUAUCCAUUUUGAAAAUUGAUGAAAAUGAUAUUGAUACUUCAAAAUGGAAAGUUGAUCAUGGUUUGGCGGCACCUAAUUCGAUUCACGCAGCACAAUUAAGUGAGUUUUAACUAUUUGUAAUUAGAAGUUCCUGAUUUUUUAAAUAAUAUUUCCAGAUCUCUUGUUCAAAUCUGGAGUUAUUCCACUUUCCCAAAAUCUAGAAGGUCAUACAUUGAUUUUUGGUGUUGCGACUGGCGGAACAUAUAUGUUUUUGCAAAAUUUGUUUCCAAAGAUGACUAUCACCGGCCUGGAAAUAAGCAAACAAAAUAUAGAAAUUGGUAAAAAAUGGUUCGGCUUCAAAAUCAAUGAUCAAAAUGAAUUUUUGGAGUCAAAUGUGUUGGAUUAUGUGAAAACAUCCAUUGAUGGUAUGGUUGAAAUAUAGAGGUAUAAUUUGAGAAAUGUUUUUUUUUCAGAGAAACAUCGUCCAAAUUUAGUCCUUGUUGAUGCUUGUGUUGAUUUUGAUUGCCCUCCGAAAUCUUUGUUAUCUGAUGAAUUUAUAAAAAAUCUUCGGGAAAUCAUGAAAUCUGAUGGUAAUUUUUUAAAUCUAUCGAAUUAUAAUUUUCGUAGAAAAUUAUUUCCAGGCGUUUUAUCUAUGAAUAUUCUGACCGCUCGUGAUGACUUCAAAGAAGUAUAUCAAUAUGUGAAAGAUAAAUUCUCGAUGCAUUUUGAUGCUUGUGAUUAUACUCAACUUUCUGGAUACAGAAAUGCUAUUAUGACUUGUUAUUGUUCGAAAAAAUCAUAUCAACCGCGCAAAAAUACGAGCAAAUUUCUCAAACAUAUCGGCAUUAUGAACAACUUUUAUUGA